UUUUGAAAGUGGUCCCAAGUUACAGGCAGCUGUGUUCAUUCAGAUGUUCGGCGGAGGAGAGAAGGUGAGAAAGAAGCCAUGUCAGCCAGAGCAGACUGAGAAACCUCAAGGGAAAGAGGAGUUACUGAUGAAAAAGAAAGAAUACCUGAAGAAAAAGAUUGACCAGGAACUUCUGUUAGCCAAGAGGAACAGUAGAAAAAACAGAAGAGUGGCUCUGCAGGCGCUGAGAAGAAAGAAGUGGUACGAGAAACACCUAAAGUACAUUGACUGUGCUGUUACAGCCAUGAUGUCCCUCCAUGAACACAUAGAUAUCGUCAAUAAGGUGAACGACCUGAUCAGAGACGGUACAGAGGAGCAGGACGUGACUGGAGAUAUGUCAAACACUGUCUACACAUCUUUGAGCUCUGGAGUGGAGUUUGAUGAGGACGAGUUGCUGGCAGAGCUUGAGAGGCUGGAGAAGAAUCUGGAUGAGAGCUUCUUUGAGAAGGAUGGAGUAGACGAGAAAGUCUCAUGUCCCAAAGUGUUGUCCACUGCAUCACUGUCUCAGCCAGCCAAGACUGAGGAGGAUGAGGAUGAGGUUGAGGCUGAUUUAGAGUAUCUGCGGCGCUGGGCAAACAGUCUCUCUUAAACUGGCAUUUAAAAGAGAAAAGGAAAGUGCAGGCUGGAAUAAACAGGCAGUAAUUCCA